AGUACCGGAACGUCAAUGAGAAUUUCCGUUGCGCAGCCAGCGAGCAAGAUGUUCCCGUUCGGACGCCGAGUGCUAGGAGGCCGGGCCGGUGCUACUGUUGGCCUGCUCGGUACGGCGAUGGUCGCCAUCAAUCUGCUUGCGUCGCCCGCUGGCGUGGCUGCCUGUUUCUCCAGCGCCCCACCACCAUCGGUGAGGGGCAGCGACGGUAAGCCGGCUACCUCGGUGUACGGCUUCACGGCGAACAACAUCGACGGUAAGCCGGUACCGCUCGAGCAGUACCGUGGCCACGUGCUGAUCAUCGUGAACGUCGCCUCGGACUGUGGCUACACCGAUGGCCACUACAAGGAGUUUAACCAGCUGUACCAGGAGUACGCCGAGUCGAAAGGUCUGAGGAUACUGGCCUUCCCGUGCAAUCAGUUCGGCGGCCAGGAACCAGGCACGAACGCCCAGAUCAAGCAGUUCGCCGAGGGCCGCAGCGUGCGCUUCGACAUGUUCGCCAAGGUUGACGUGAACGGGGACCAGGCGCACCCACUGUGGCAGUAUCUGAAGCAGCGCCAGGGUGGCACGCUAGUCGACGCCAUCAAGUGGAACUUUACGAAGUUUCUGGUGAACAAGCGGGGCGAACCGGUGGGCCGGUACGGACCGACCACCAGCCCGCUCGAGCUGCGCGCCGAACUGGAGAAGCUGUUCGCCGAGUAGGUCGGUCGGGGGGGCCUCAUAUAUUGUUAUAUUUUCAGGGCCACCCCUACCCCCCCCCCCCCCCCCACCUCGGGUAAUACUGCGCCAAACGGCAAAGCAAAUAAAGAAGUAAUGGAUAUGAAACUGGA